AACAGUGUUUGGGUUUCGACAGACCAUGAUGAAAUAGAAAACAUAGCCAAGCAGUUCGGAGCCCAGGUACAUCGGAGAAGUUCAGAAACCUCCAAAGACAGCUCUACCUCGUUGGACGCCAUUGUAGAGUUCCUUAAGUUCCACAAUGAGGUGGACAUCGUGGGGAACAUCCAGGCCACGUCGCCCUGCCUCCACCCCAGCGACCUGCAGAAGGUGGCGGACAUGCUGCGCGAGGAAGGCUACGACUCCGUGUUCUCCGUGGUCCGCCGCCACCAGUUCCGAUGGAGCGAGAUCCAGAAAGGAGUUCGCGAGGUGACGGAGCCUUUGAACCUGAACCCCGCCAAGCGGCCCCGGCGGCAGGACUGGAGCGGGGAGCUGUACGAGAACGGCUCCUUCUACUUCGCCAAGCGCCACCUGAUUGAGAUGGGCUACCUGCAGGGAGGGAAGAUGGCGUACUAUGAGAUGCGGGCGGAACACAGCGUGGACAUCGACGUGGACAUCGACUGGCCCAUCGCCGAGCAAAGGGUGCUAAGAUACGGCUACUUUGGCAAGGAGAAGCUUAAAGAGAUCAAACUUUUGGUUUGCAAUAUCGACGGGUGUCUCACCAACGGCCACGUGUAUGUAUCGGGAGACCACAAAGAAAUCAUAUCUUAUGACGUAAAAGAUGCUAUUGGCAUAAAUUUGUUAAAGAAAAGCGGCAUCGAGGUGCGAUUCAUCUCUGAGAGGACCUGUUCCAAGCAGACACUCGCCUCCCUGAAGCUGGACUGCAAAAUGGAAAUCAGCGUCGCGGACAAGCUGGCCGUGGUGGACGAGUGGCGGAAGGAGAUGGGGCUGUGCUGGAAGCAAGUGGCGUAUCUCGGGAACGAAGUGUCGGACGAGGAGUGCUUGAAUCGCGCGGGGCUCAGCGGGGUCCCCGCCGACGCCUGCACCUCCGCCCAGAAAGCGGGGGGCUACAUCUGCAAGUGCAGUGGCGGCCGGGGCGCCAUCCGAGAGUUCGCCGAGCACAUUUUCCUUCUGAUGGAGAAGGUGACUAACUCAUGCCAAAAAUAAGAGACGCGAGCAUCCUGGCAGGAAACGCAGGCCCGGCCGCUGCUUUGGGUUUUGGGGUGUCCUUCUGGUUUUGGCUUUUGGGGUGCAGUCCGGCCUCUCCAUGAUCUAAUGGUGCAGAAGGUUUGAUGUGAUUUAUGAUAGAUUCCCCCACACACACCCUCUCCUCCAAUCGCCCCCCCCAGCCCCCCAUAUGAAAUAAGCGUACCCCCACAUCUCGACGAGAUCCUGAUUUCCAGGGGUGACGGCAGCGUCGCUCAGAUUCUCAGUAAACACCAGGUGUGAGCUCCCCCCCCAUGUGCGUGCCCGCCGCCCCCCCCCCCCGCGUGAAGUGUGUCCGUGUGUGAUUUACACGACACCAGGAGUCUUGUGUAUGUAUUGGAGGCCGCGGGCCCGAGGCCCGGCCUCCCCCUCAUCAAUAAAAACCGCAUUUCACAAA